CAUCAAUUAACUAGCAACAUAUGUUGUAUGAGCAAUAUAUCCAUACAGCUGCAAGAUGGGGACCAAAAUGGUCGCGUUUUCAAAUGUACUUCUAAUACUUCAACUGGUGGCUACUGCCUACUCCAAUCCUCAUGAGUCUGUGAUCUCAUUUGAUAACAAUAGUGAAGGUGAUUCUAGUAGACAGUACAUGCUGAUCCAGACGAAUGCUUCACCGACGGGCUACCAUGGGGCGAUGCAAUCAAGAAGUGUGGACCCUAAUGACAUUGAAGAGAUGCAAUUUCCUCGGCCACCAACCAAGGAAUCAAUGGAAACCUUCGACGACAACUCCACUCGACAACCCAAAUACUCAGAGUCAAACUCCAUGAGUGGGAGCGGGAACGUAGACACCAACGAAAUAGUAAAAAUGCCAGACUCGUAUCAAUCACAAACAAAUGAUGAAACAACCAAUGAACAAGCAACAGGAACUAAACGGUUUAACUUCCCCCAACUGGACAACGCGGUUGAAAACGCAGUGAAUCACUUGCCUACAAGUCAGGAAUCUUCUCUUUCGCCACUGAUUAGGAAACUCAGUGAAAGGAUAAAAGAGGAAGCAAACGAUAACACUCGAGAUCCUGAGGAACUAGAGAAGAGGCAGAUACUACAAAAACUUAUCCUCUUGAAACUUGCUAAGAAAGCGCAUACACAGAAGUUAAAAACAGCACUUGGAAUGUAUGGUAAGCCACAAGCUGAGGAACCAGUAGCUCAAGAAAGGAAAGAAGAAGAAAAUACUAUUCAACGUGAAGUGACUAAUGAUAUGGAGCCCUGUGACUGCGAUGGUGGAUGUGACGAGAUGCGAAGUGAACAGCAAACACCCGAAAUCAAAACCGAACCUGAGUCCCAGCAAGUUCGUAACGAUAUGGCUUGCCAAGAAGAGGAACCAACCAACCAGGUUCAAAAUGAACAACAAAACACUUUACAAUCAUCACGAAUUGGUAACUUGAGAGAUGAAAGUGAGCAAACCGAAAACGUGCACCCAAAACUGCAUGCUCGCAUUACCAUUACGAUUAAAAGAUCUAAACCGGAUGAGGGAAAUGUUGGGGAAGACAUUCCAUCACCCUCUGCAGCAAGUGCUGUGCCAAUGCAAUCAUUCCAAUUUAGACAACCCCCUCCUUUGGUAGAAAUAUUUUCAAAAAUGAUCAAGAAUUCCGUAAUUAUCAAUUCACCGAAAACUGUUGGCCAAAAUGAGUACGUGCCAUCUCAAAAUGAGAAUGUACAAUCGGCUAGUGAAGAAUCUGGUGGAGGUUGUAUGGAUGCUAAUGAUAGUAGUGAAAGUACAGCCGAAACUCAUGUUCCCUCCGUCAUCAGAAUUAUACCAAACGGUGAUGAGAAUGAGAAGAAGCAACCCUACUUUUCACUCUCCAGCGGGCAGGGUAUGGAAAAUGAGGCCCCUUCUAUAAUGGUACAUCCCGAAGGAUUACCGAAAGAACUUAUUUUGUUCAAGCUUCUCAACAGCAUUAUUAAACAAAAAGCAUUAGCUAAUGCUUUGAAAGAAAGACAAAUGCUCCCAUCAUAUCAUCCAUCAGAUGAUUCAUCAUCUGCACCGAGGAUGGUCAUCUUAAGAGUAAGGCAUGAACCUUCGGCUCAAGGAAUUUCCUCUGAGAUUCCUCCAUUACAUUUUCCAGAUGAAAAUUCAGGCUUUAAAAUAAAGCAUUUUGAUGAUCUUUCUGAGGCAUCUGAUUCUGAUGAACCAAGACACAUGGAUUUCCCCGGAAGUGAGUCAAAACACAUACCGUUACCUUUGCACUUCCAGAAGGAUUCUCAGCCAAAUGAUAGUCCUCAGGAACUUCCGUGGUUUAUCAAAAACAUAAUAAUGAAUCUCAACGGGCAAAGAGGAGGCCUUCAACCAAUCCCGACCACACCAACUCAACUGUCUUCAGAUGCAGCUCAGAAGGCUCCUGUCUUUUUAAGAUCCAUACUGGCACCAUAUGCUAUCUAAAGUGUUGUCAUAUUAAUGAUGUGCCCUGCACAUGAAGAUUAAAAGGGGUUUUGUUUGUUUUUA